GCUCUUGCUCUUGGCUGCAUGCGUCUCUCUCGAUCAAAGUUUCCUAGCUAGCUAGAAGACUUUCUUCGGCACACCCUCCGUUCAUUUCAUGCCCACAGCUAAGUUUACACCGGAAUACAGGUAACAGAGUGUGACCAUGGUUGAUUCCAUCGCCGAAGCAAUUAGAAUGAACAAUUUGGGAGCGCAUGCGCUUGUGACUGGGGAAAUAGCCGGGGCUCUAGAUACCUUUCUCGUGGCGUUUCGCUUCGCUCCCCGUCACGCUGCCAUUGUGGAGGCAGCAGGGCCAGACCGCGUGGUGGUGCCCACGCCAGAACAGGCUUCAGCCCUAGGCAUAUCUUUCCUCAAGAAGGAAGGAACUCCAAGCAAGUUGGAACGAGAAUCAGAGGGCGGCUCAUUUGUCUACGAAAAGCCAUUGGUUUUCAAUGAGACCGUUCCUACUUCUCAGGAUGGCGCCGCUGUAUUCUGUGCUGUUGUUGUCUUCAACAUUGCUUUGUGUUUCGACUUCAUGUCCAAACACGACAAUGUCACCAGCAUCCACAAGACCAAGGCGAUGAAUCUGUAUGAGACCUGCAUUGGACUCUUUCAAAGAACCUCCAGGCUGGUAGACCUGUCUGGCUCCAUGGCUGCGGCCUGCAACAACAAGGCCCGCAUCUGUUUUGAACGCGGAGACUAUGAAAGCUCCAACAGAGAGCUUCACCGCCUAAGUGGCUGGAUUGACGCGGCAGAUCAGAGUCCAACGAGGAUCGACCUUUUGGAAGAGAAUGAUUUCAAUGGCAUGCUUCUCAACCUGCUUCUUCUCCGGGCUCCAGCCAUCGCGGUGGCCGCUUGAAGGCGGCACAGUUAGUUGCCAGUUCAUACCAAACCAGAUACAUGCAUCGAUCUCUCUUCUUAGUUCAGGUACCAGAUACCUGCAUAUUUUUGAUAUUUUGAUCCGCAUUAAAUGCCAAGAUCUCUACAGGUAGACUAGCUAGCCAUCAGUGCAUCCCCUCCCCGUCUCUGUGUGCUCUCAAUUGUGCUUGGUCUAGCUAGUAGAGAGCAAACAGAGCCGG